GGCCGCGGGGAGCGCCCACCACCCCGCGGCGGCGCGGGAGCCCGGGACGCGGACAGAGAUGUUGACAGCUUUGGAACAAUGCAGGACCCGCUGAUUGCAUCCGUGCAGUGCCCCUGGCUUGGAAGAAGGUUCACCAAAGCAGACGAGUCCUGCCUCUCACGCUGCGGAUGGUAAAUGCCAGAGGACAUGGCUGGAACAAGGACGUGGGCAAGAGGAGCACUGCUCUGACUGGCUUCUUCAACUUUUACAGUAAACAUUAAAUGGAGUUAUGUGACGGGGAGGUAAGAAAUACCUACAGUUUGUUGUGAUGAUAUGACCCAAGCACAGGGCAGCCCAGCGUUCCCCGCUGAUUGGCAUACUCUGGGAUCUGCACAGCUAUGAGACUAUGUUCGGAGAGCCAAGAGGAAGGAGGAGUAGCAGAACCAGUGUUCCAGCAGAGGAGCUGCUGUCUAAAUGGGUCCAGUCAUGCCUCCCAGUAAGAAGCCAGAGGGCUCAGGAAUUAGUGUUCCCAGUGGAUUGAGCCAGCGUUAUCAAGAUAGCGAUUUAUCAAAGGCACUUCAUGAUGACGAGGACCUAGAUUUCUCUUUGCCUGCCAUCAGAUUAGAUAAAGGGGCCAUGGAAGAUGAAGAACUAACUAAUUUGAACUGGUUACAUGAGAGCAAGAACUUGCUGAAAAGCUUUGGGGACUCGGUGUUAAGGAGCGUUAGCCCUGUUCAGGACAUCGGUGAUGACACGCCGCCGUCUCCUGCCCACUCUGACAUGCCCUACGAUGCCAAGCAGAACCCCAACUGCAAACCUCCUUAUUCCUUUAGCUGCCUCAUAUUUAUGGCCAUCGAGGAUUCGCCAACCAAAAGACUGCCUGUAAAGGAUAUAUACAACUGGAUCUUGGAACACUUUCCGUAUUUUGCAAAUGCACCCACUGGAUGGAAAAAUUCUGUGAGACACAAUCUGUCCUUGAAUAAGUGUUUUAAGAAAGUGGACAAAGACCGAAGUCAGAGUAUUGGAAAGGGAUCCUUGUGGUGUAUAGACCCAGAAUAUAGACAAAAUCUUAUUCAGGCUUUGAAAAAGACACCCUAUCACCCAUAUUCGCAUGUGUUCAAUACACCUCCCACAUCUCCUCAGGCAUAUCAAAGCACAUCAGGUCCACCCAUUUGGCCCGGAAGCACCUUUUUCAAGAGAAAUGGAGCCCUACUACAAGAUCCUGACAUUGAUGCUGCCACUGCCAUGAUGCUUUUGAAUACUCCCCCUGAGAUACAAGCAGGUUUUCCUCCGGGAGUGAUACAGAAUGGAGCUCGAGUACUGAGCAGAGGAAUAUUUCCUGGAGCCAGGCCAUUGCCAAUCAACCCUAUAGGGAGCAUGGCUGUCGCAGUAAGAACUGGUUGGAAAUCUUUCAAAAUGAAUGGAAUAACAAACUGCCGGAUGCGGACGGAAAGCGAACAGUCCGGUGGCUCUCCAGUUGUUAGCGGUGACCCAAAGGAGGAUCACAACUACAGCAGUGCCAAAUCUUCCAACCACAGGAGCACAUCACCUGCUAGUGACUCCGUUUCCUCUUCCUCUGCUGAUGACCAGUAUGAAUUUGCAACUAAAGGUAGCCAAGACAGCAGUGAAGGAAGUGAAGUUAGCUUCCAGAGCCAUGAGAGCCAUAGCGAAACAGAAGAGGAGGACAAAAAGCAAAGUCGGAAGGAGACCAAGGAUUCUUUAGCUGACAGUGGAUAUGCAUCCCAGCACAAGAAAAGGCAACAUUUAAUGAAGGCAAAAAAAGUACCGAGUGACACACUGCCUCUUAAAAAGAGACGUACAGAAAAGCCCCCUGAGAGUGACGAUGAGGAGAUGAAAGAAGCAGCAGGAUCACUCCUGCAUUUAGCAGGAAUUCGAUCCUGUUUGAACAACAUCACCAAUCGGACGGCAAAGGGGCAGAAAGAGCAAAAGGAAACCACAAAAAAUUAGAACAAAUCAAUGAUUUGUUUGAACUUACAAAGUUUUGUUUCAGCACGUCAGGUGAAAUCUAAUGAUUUGUGGCAAUAUCAGCAAUUUUUUCCUUUUUUGUUUUUCUUCUAUUUCUUUUUGUUUUGUUUCUUUGGGUUUUGGUUUUUUUGUUCUUUUUUUUCUUUUUUUUUUUUUUGACCCUUAAGAUUUUUAUUUUUAAAGGAGAUUGAAGCCAUAGAACUCAUACUGACACUCAGCUAAUUUACAAAAGCUUUUCAUUACCUGAAGACAAAAAGUUAACAAAAAAGAAAGCCAGAAUCGCCAAUGUUUUCUCCAGCUUGUCAAAAAUGCACGGUUGAAUACGCAGUGAUAUCAACAUUAAUGUGAUGGGAGUAAAAUUGGGCACUUGGAAAUCCCUCUUAUAGUAGAAGAGCUGUGCAUAAUUUAGUAUUCAUUCAGGCCUGGCCCUUAAUUUUUUAAUGGCCUUACAAUUGGGUUAGAAGUGAAUGUGAAUAAAGAGAUCUGUGGGAAAGAGGAGGCGCGUACUUCUCAACCAAGAACUGUUUAGUGGCACUUGGAGAUGUUGUGCCAUACAAGUCUUCAGACAGCCACUAGUGGCAACUGUGCGAGCAGUAAUGCACUUCGGGUGUGUCACGUAUUCUAUGUGGCUCAGAAUGUGAAGGCUGAUAACUCUUAAGUUUGAGGAAAUUUAAACAAUGUAUGCAAUGGGUUUCAGUGAAAUAAUGAAAUGGGAAGGGGGUGACUGUUAGUAGCAUCGUUAACCAUUGAAUUCUGUCUUCUGUAUUAAAUUGAAAGAAUAUUCAAAAAGCCAUAAGCCUGAAGAUUGGCACUGCGUGCAAAAAAUAAUAGUAAUAGGGAAAAACAAACUAUGUCUUCUAAGUGAAAAGUAAUCAAGUCUAAGAAAUUACAGUAGAUACCAUGUACAUCAGAAUCUUUCUCUGUGGAUCACAUCCUUGAUCUACAGGGGAAACAAAGCUACAAAACCUGCCAUUAGUAGUAUUCUGUAUUUAAAAAUAGAGGGAAAGCUAUUGGUGAACAGUAAAAUUCAGAAGUUCAACAAAAGAGCUCCUACACUGCUCUCAGAAAUGAGUGUGCAGUGACCAUCAGUCAGGAUUCAUCUGUGCAAAAACGACGACAAAUUUCCAGAUUCAACCAGCAUAGCCAGCAGAAGAAAUUUGAUCCACAUUGCAUGGAUUCUUUAGGGAAAGGGGGAAAACAAAAAGCAAACAAUUUUUUUUAUUCAAAGAUGACAAAGUUCUUGUAAGGUAAAUAAUGUAUUUAGCAUGAAGCAUGAAUUAUUUUCAUAUAAAUAUAGAAAAUAGAGAAAAAGGCUAUGCCUCUAAUUUUUAAAGCCCUUAGGCUUAGAGUUUGUUUUUGGGGGUUUUAUUUUUUUGUUUUGUUUUUGUUUUGGUUCUUUUUUGUUGUUGUUGUUGGGGUUUUUUUGAAGCAGGUGUUUAAGGUUUAACCUUCUUCAGGGACAAACACUGACUGUUGGGGAACUUACUCUGCAAUAUUAAAAAAUAAAAUCUUCAUGCUCUGGUAGGGCUUGGAUGGUUGAAUUAUACUGCCUUGUCUGCACAUUCAGCCCCCCUCUCCCUACUUCUGUUUAAAAAAAGAAAAAAAAAAAAAAGAAAAAAGUAAAAGUGUGUCUUUUCUUCGUCUGUACAUGUGUAACAUGACGCAAUAAUCUGAGGGCAAAUUUAGUAGUGAGUGUGUAUGACAGAAUCAAGAGAAUAAUGGGAGGUUAAUUGAGAAAAACUCUCUGAUUUGAUUCAGGAAUAAGUAGACAAGAAAACAGCUUUGCUAAUUUGCCAUGAAAAAUUGAAGUUAGUUUAAGAGCCUUAUGGAGGUGUCCAGAUAAAAACCAGUGUUACAGAGAGUGUGAUUCAGGUACAGUGCUACUCUCCUGGUAGGGAUGACUGUGAGACUGAAAAUCACUACAGCAGAGAGAAGCUGUGAAAUAAACAAAACAGUCUCUCUCACCUGGAUUCUUGCAUUUGGCAUGAAAAAAUCCAAACUUAGAAUAUCCUAGAGGCAAAAAGAAAAUCCCAGAAACCAACCACUUAAGGGAACAAAAUGGUCGGUUUCUUAAAGAGUAUAGGUUUAGAUUUAUCACUAACAGCUGUUUCAGGCAGCGGUUUCACCAAGGUGGAUGUAGUUUAUGAAGAGUGAGUUAGAGAAGGGUUUGACUUCCUACUCAGUGCAGUGAGCUAAAAGUUGUAUUUGGAGAUGCCUGUGGUGUGUGCUCAGUUAGGAGAUGGAAGGACUGAAGGACAGGCUGGUCUGGACCUGGUCCUGUUCUCUUGCAAGCGUUUUGUAAAGAAAAGGGCAGCACAGCUAAAGUGUGCCUCUCCUCCCAUCUCAGCCAGCAUGUCCUGGGAUCCAGGAGCUGCUUGACAGCUGCCAGAGCUCAGCGCAGCUGCCAGCUUUGGAAAUAACGAAGGAGAGAGCCAUGGAUAGUGUGAGAAACAGCCUCGUUCCUCUCAGUUUGCAGGGGCUGAUGCAUGCAGGGUUGAUUCCCGGCAUUAGUUGAGUCAGGAGUACAUAGAUACUAACUUUCGUUGGCUGCCUGCAGCCCUUUAGAUGAUGUUGGGGAAAACAGGAAGGACCAGUCCCUUGGCCAGGUAGCACAGAGAUGAAUGAGCCAUAACAUUUCCCUUGUCUGAUCAGACUGGGAUAAUCUGCUUCUUCCCAGGUCCAUGCGCUCUACAGCCAAAGUCUGUAGGCAGUGAACCACACAACCCUGUACAAGAGAACUUGGUCUUCGUCUUUUACGGACUUUUGGGAGAGUCAUUUGAAAUAGAAGAUACUGCAGUAUCACUUUGCCACCACCUUUCCUCAUUGAUGCAUAGUUGUAUCAGCUCGGUAGUGGCUUAAUAUUCACCAAAACAGCACUGAGAAAUCUAGUGGCAGAAAAUAUAAACCAUGGCUCAGCCAUCUCUGUCCUCCAGGGAAAGCAACGUGUUUGUGUGCCAGUGGCCAGAUUCUGUCCACCACGCUAAUUCCAGAGCAACUUCUCUGAUUGCAGUGUGUCAGUGCAAACGAGAUCAGUAUCUGCUGAACAAGUACCAUUCAUUAAUGUGGACUCUUGGUGGCUAAAUAUAUAAUUACCACUAGUAUUACUCAUCUUAGAAAACAGUCAUUUUGCAUAAAUACCUAAUUAGGCAGGUUAUCUUUAUACAGAUAUAUAGAUAUAGAUAUAGAUAUGUAACACCUAUCUAAGACUUCAACAAGUCCUCUAUAUACUUGCUGGUAAACCUAAAAUGUUGGCAAGCAUGUAUUUUCAUAUAAAAUUUGUUUCUCCAAGUCUGAUCGGCUAGGAAGGUAUUCUUGGGUAGGCUUUUAUGAAGUUAUAUUCAGGAACCAGCAGUUUGGGCUGCCGUCAAUGGAUUAUUUCUGGUGUUUAAAAACAACUUGUCCUUAUUGAUGCUUACUCUGACUGUUGAUGAGAAGUACAUAAUUUGGAUUGUAUGAAGUAUUUAGGAGUCACCUUUUAAACCAUAUUUGUGCCUGGCUGACAAUGGCAACUUUGUCAGAACUGGUUCUACUCCAUCAGAGAAGUUCUCUUUUUUUGUGUAAGAACUGAAAUUGAUUUGUUUUCCAAGAAAUACGAUGUCAGCUUUUAAUCGAGUUGUCUUUACGUCAACUGAAUGAUGUCAAAACGGACUGGUAAUUGCACUGUAUUACAAACUCUCUCACUUGCCAGAUAGGAGGUGGUUUGGUUUUGCUUGUUUGCUUUCCUUCUAAGCCAUUUUGGGGUGAGAAGUUGUCAAAUCUCUAACUUUCCCUUCUUCUCACUCUAAGUAUUGCCAAAUUAACGUUUCUCCAAGACAGGUGGGGCGAGGUCAGCAAGUGUCAAGUAGCAAGUUUCACAUAGGCGUGAAUUGUAAGGGUUGCUGGACUUCAUGGCGAGCUCCUUUGGAAUAUGCCUUUUGCAGCAAGAAGCUCUUGCAGGCCAGAGCUAAUGCCAUAAGCAGAUUUCACCAGCAUCUCCAGGGAGGUGAAAUCUGCUGAUCGUGCUUGCAUUUUGCAAGCAGUUCGAUGUUCUACUGCAUUUUGGUGCAGAUUCUGCUUGCAUUUAAAAAUACAAGCACAGGUCUUGAACAGCUUAAAUGUAUCACCCCAUAGCUGUUUCUGAAAGCAGUCUGCUUCUGAUCUUCUCCUGGCAAAAACUGGCAGUAGUUCUACAAAGAUCACAGGGCUUUACAGCUGAAAAGCCACAUGUGGGAGCAAGGAGGUUUGUCCUGCAGGAGCAGAGAACUGUCCUGAGACUCUUCUCUCCAGCAGUUGAGUUUUCUGGUUCCUCUCCUACCUUAAUGGGAGAAGGGAAUCCCAGGAGGUGCAAUGGCUCCCAGUGUUCAGCUGAAUUACUGUCUACCUGUGGAAAAGAUACAGAAAAAAGCUGGAGGCUGCAUUCUUCACUGGAGUGAGGUAGAAAUAUGUCAACAUACUUUAGCAGAGAAUGAAAUCCUAAAUUGUACACCAAAUGGCACCAUGGAUAAAAUUACCAAAACAACACUUUGUCCUGGUUUUGUAGUAGUGGUAAUUUGUUUUCACUGAGAUUUUGGCUCCCAUCCCAAUCCAUCUAAAGAUGUAGAUCAUAGAAUCAUAAACUAUGCUGAGUUGGAAGGGACCCAUCUGACUCAUGGCCCUGCACAGGACACCCCAAGAAUCACACAGUGGGUCUGAGAGUGCACAAUCUGAGGUUUUCUAGAACUUGAAGGUGUCUCGUCUCCUUUGCAGUCAGUGGAGCUAGAGACACCCAAGUGCUCCUGGAAGCCUUUACCAUUUCACUAUUAUUGUUAUUACCAUUUUUGCUUUUAUCCAAGCCUAGGCAUUUUUGAAAGCAUUACUCUCCUGUGCUCCAGGAUCAGAAUAAAACUACUGAGAAAAUGCAUUUCCAAUGCAAUUUACUUCACUUCCUGGAGAAUGCAAACCCAGCUCCUUUGGGCACAUCACUACUGCCUGAAUAGCUCAUUGGCAUAUUUUAUAGGAAAUAUUUUGAAACAUUUCUUAACUUUGCCACCAAAAGAGCAUUUGAACCAUACAUCCUCCUGAUUGUAACAGAGUAUCAGUGUUGACCGUCUGACCAGUUAAGUUUUAGUCGUGUUCUUCACAGCCCUCCAGUAAUAUAUCAAACACUGUUAUGCACAUAAUGCAGCACUGUGAUCUAAUUUAAAUAAUACUUUUUUAUUAUUUAUACUACUCUAUGUAAUAUACAUCAACACUUUGCUAUAUAACCUAAGUGAUAACCCUCUUCUUAGUUACCUGCCAAACUCUGAAUUUCUGUUUGAUUUAUAUUGCAAUUAGCACAGUUACCAAGUUGUAAUGAUGUCUCUUUUCCUUCGAAAUGGGAUGUGUAAGUCAAACUAUACAUUUUGUGUGUUUCUGUUUUGAGAUGAAGUUUAUAAGGAUUUACACACAACAUUCGGUGUUCUGUAUAAAUCUGCAUACAUUUGUAAAUUCAUCUGUUAAUCCCCUUUUAUUUAGAAAGUAUUAAUUGAUGGUGGUUUAUUAGGAAUUUUUAUUUUUGCAUUUUUAUUUUUAGUACUGGUUAUUCUUGAAUUAAGCAGAGACUUGUCAGCUGGGUUGCUUUAUCUUUGAUCAUGUACAUGACCUUAUAAUUCUUCCACAGUUCAGCAAACAAGUACUAGCUUCACUGACCAAAAAAAAAAAAAAAGUCUCAACCUAAUGUGUCUAUGGUGCUGUAUUUUGCUGGUAUACGUUUAAAACCAGAAAUUAUUUAAAGGUCACUUUUGAGUUGUUCUAAUGAGUAACCUUUUCUGGUUUGGGGAGUUUGGGUUUUGUUUUAGCAUUGAAAACAAGUUAUAUUUAUCUGAAGAUAAAAUGGUUUUUCUACUGUAUCACAUUUCCUUUUGCAAAGAGGUGAAUAACGGCCUGAUGUAACAUCCUUUCACAAUCAGUGGAAGGGGGUUUUCUUUUUUUUUUUUUUUAUUUUCAGUAGAUUUCGUGAGGCUUUGGAUCAGGCCAGCAAUUACAGGAGUUCAUCAUCUGAGGGUUUAAGGGAUAAAUGACAACUUGUGCUGGCCUUUAGUGCUAGAAGGGAUUUUACUGAAUUCUAAAACUACAUGCUGGACUCUGGAAUAGCUGACAAUCUAGAAAUGGGAAUCUUUUUCAUUUGUUUACUCUGGCCUGAAAUCCCAAGACCUUCUUUUUUGUUUUGUUUUGUUUUUUGUUUGGAUGACAUUGAACUUGAAAACACUUUUAAGUUACUAGAGCAUUGUACAUUUCCUGGGUAUGUGUGUGGGACAGCAAUUGAAAGUCAUACCUGUAUCUGAUAACCAGUUCCAUGCCUGCAUCAUUCACACUCACUACUUAAAACUGCCAUGAUGUAAAAUGUUGGGGGGGGAAUGAUUUGUGUGUGUAUGAAAAGCAUUAUGAACUUGUACAUUUUUUUAUACUCUGAUCUGUAAUUUCUGAAGUAUUUUGUUUUACAGAAAAAGUGAUAAAGCAAUCAAAAGACCAAGAGAUUUAGUAUCAAUGCUUAAGGGUCACAAGACCUUAACUGGCCAAUAAGUUAAUUUAGUACAGUGAUAAGCCAAUUUUUUUUCCUGUACUUGGCGUCUGAAACUGCCAAUUUCAUCAAUAUUAAAAUACAAACUGUGACGGGGAAUGAACAGUGAUGUUAAGUUGUAUUUGUGUUUACCUAAAUGAGCAGUCCGAAGGCAAGUGCAAUCAGCUGAUCUUUAGGAAGUAUGAAAUUGUUGAUUUAGAGGCAUACUUGCAUUUUACAUUUUCUUGAUGUGUAAUCAUGUUGCCAAAGACAAACUAUUUCAUCAAUUAUUAUUGUAAAUAACACUUUCCCAAAACCUACCAUAAAGUUUCUGUGAUGUAUUGUCUUCCAGUUGCAAUAAAAAUUACU